GUGAAGCUCAAGGUGAUGUUAAGUAGCCUAAACUCCUCGCAAGCCCUGAGGAAAAAGGGAAGUCUUGUAAUAAAAACCUGGAUGAGUGAUUGUUAUCCUUUGUAGGUGGAUCCAGUGCAUAAUGGCUGGCUGGUUACUUUUAAGCAAGCUGCCGUAUCGCCAAAAGAAUGCUUGCAACAGCGUAAGAACGCACAUGAGCGAGUUGCCUAGAGGUGGCCCUGAACCCUACAUUGAAAUAUUUGAACAACCCAGGCAAAGGGGCAUGCGUUUCAGAUACAAAUGUGAGGGAAGAUCGGCAGGCAGCAUUCCAGGAGAACACAGUACCGACAACAAUAAGACGUUCCCUUCCAUACAGAUUCUGAAUUAUUUUGGAAAAGUCAAAAUAAGAACUACAUUGGUAACGAAGAAUGAACCUUACAAGCCACACCCUCAUGAUCUGGUUGGAAAAGACUGCAGAGAUGGCUACUAUGAAGCAGAAUUCGGGCCAGAACGGCGAGUCCUGUCUUUUCAGAAUCUGGGCAUUCAGUGUGUGAAGAAGAAAGACCUGAAGGAAUCAAUUUCUUUACGAAUCUCGAAGAAGAUUAACCCUUUCAAUGUGCCUGAAGAGCAGCUGCACAACAUCGAUGAGUACGACCUCAACGUCGUCCGCCUCUGCUUCCAAGCUUUCCUCCCCGACGAGCACGGCAACUACACGAUAGCUCUUCCUCCUUUGAUUUCCAACCCCAUCUAUGACAACAGAGCUCCCAACACAGCGGAAUUAAGAAUUUGUCGUGUGAACAAGAACUGUGGAAGUGUAAAAGGAGGAGAUGAAAUAUUUCUACUGUGUGACAAAGUUCAGAAAGAUGAUAUAGAAGUCCGAUUCGUCUUGGACAACUGGGAGGCCAAAGGUUCCUUCUCACAAGCUGACGUUCACCGUCAAGUUGCGAUUGUGUUCAGAACGCCACCGUUCCUCAAAGACAUCACCGAGCCCGUCACGGUGAAGAUGCAGCUGCGAAGACCCUCGGACCAGGAAGUCAGCGAACCGAUGGAUUUCAGAUACCUACCAGAUGAAAAGGGUAAGGUUCUAAUUAGUUGAGUUUUUUAAAAGCCAUCGUCAGCGCAGAACUCGUGUUGAUAGCAAACUGUAGUUUAAGUAGUAAAAAUUCUACAUCACUGCUUCUACAGUGUAAAUUUUUGGUGUUUAAAAGUAACGGUAGUCAGUUUGCUCCCUCUUUCAAUGAAAAUAUCAAGAAUCGCUGUUAAUAACAUUGUCUUGGUUAGUGCUGUCAUGUCUGAAAUAUUUUUCUUUAAAUACACGCUACUACUGUUAGAGCCAACAAGUAUGUCGCCCACCCUCCGGCGCCGGUGGGGGCCGGGGAAGCAGGACGCGCUCUCCUCGUGCUGGCAGCAGCUGUACGGCACCUCCGCUUCGGCCGGCAGCCUGCUUAACGCCCACCCGCACAACAGCUUUGCGGCAGACGCGCCUCAGCCCCCCGCUCAGGGCGCGGGCGCGCUCCCGGCUUUCCACGACAACCCUCUGAACUGGCCGGAUGAGAAGGAUUUGGGCUUCUACCGGAAUUACGGCGGCACAAACGGGAUGGGAGCGGCGGCGGUGUCGACCGCAGACCUGCAAAGCGUUUCCAGCAGCAGCGCUGUGCACCAGGACUCAUCCCGUCAAGCGUCUCCACGGCCAGCAUCGUCAACAUGGAGACUGACGACAUGUAACUGCACUAGUAUCAACUUCGAAAAGUAUAACCCAGUGUUAAAUGCGAGCAAUCAGCAGCAGCUCCAUCAGGUGCCUCCCGCCUGCCCGCCGUAGCGGGCCCCGGGCAGCACGCCUUUUAUCCAGUCUAACUUGGCCGAUCCAGCAGUUCACGGUUUUAUAGACCAAGAAGUUUUAAGCGAAUCGAGACUAUCCGCCAACCCCAUCCCAAACCACCAGAAUAGCAUGGCAGACAGCCAGUACUAUGACACCGACGGUGUCCACGCCGAUGAGCUCUAUCAGUCCUUCCCCUUCGAUAGCAUACUCCAGAGCUACAACCACUGAGGCAGGAGUGUCGGCUGG